GGACUUCCGGCGUCGAGUCUGCAGACCACGUUCGGUCGUGGCUGCAGUCGUUACCGACACUACACUGGCUAGGACGCCGGACAAGCGCCACUUUUCCAGGCCGAGUAGAGACGGACAGUGAGAAGGAUAGGACUCAUAAACUUUUAUGUCAGCCGCGAUCCCAUCCCCACAAGUGUCUGCAAAACGCUUCCUGGGGCCUCGGUGCCAGCGCUGUGUCUCCACGGCGCGCGGAGGCGGCGCGGCGAACCUUAUACGCAUUUUACACGGCGGCAGGGACUGAUGUCCCUCGCAGCCCAGAGCCGGAGCCAGGGGUCGGCCGGCGGACCGGCUUCCUGCCCUCCUCUCAAGGCCUCACUCCGCCCCCUGGGCUCAUGGCGGCGCCCGCGUUGGCAUUAGUAUCAUUUGAAGACGUGGUUGUGACCUUCACUGGAGAAGAAUGGGGGCACCUGGACCUGGCUCAGAGGACCCUGUACCAGGAGGUGAUGCUGGAGACCUGCAGGCUCCUGAUCUCACUCGGGCAUCCUGUUCCCAAACCAGAGCUGAUCUACCUGCUGGAACAUGGGCAGGAACCGUGGACAGUGAAAAGAGGCCUCUCUGAAAGCACCUGUGCAGGUGAAAAAGCAAAACCCGAGACUACAGAACCUACUGCUUCUCAGCUGGCCUUCUCUGAGGAAUCCUCUUUCCAGGGACUACUGGCACAGAGAUCCUCAAGGAAUUCCAGGUUGGGGCAAGCUAGAGAUGAGGAAAAGCUUAAAGAAAUUCAGGAAGGGAACUUGAGGCCAGGAACAGACCCCCACAAACAGAUAUGCCCUGGGAAGUUGAGCUAUAAACAUGAUUUGGAGCGAGCUGAUAGUCUGGGUUUAAGGGUUUUACAGGAACAAGUCACUCCACAAGAUGUUCUCCAUGAACAUGACACUCAAGGACCAGGAAAAGAUCCCAUGAUUGAUGCAAGGAAUAACACUUACACAUGCACGGAAUGUGGGAAAGGGUUUAGCAAGAAGUGGGCCCUUGUUCGGCAUCAGCAGAUUCAUGCCGGAGUAAAGCCCUAUGAGUGCAGUGAGUGUGGGAAAGCCUGCCGUUACAUGGCCGAUGUCAUUCGUCAUAUGAGGCUUCAUACUGGGGAAAAACCAUAUAAGUGUAUUGAAUGUGGGAAAGCCUUCAAACGCAGGUUUCACCUCACGGAGCACCAGCGUAUUCACACUGGAGAUAAGCCCUAUGAGUGCAAAGAAUGUGGCAAAGCGUUCACUCACCGCUCUUCUUUUAUCCAGCAUAAUAUGACUCACACUCAAGAAAAGCCCUUUUUAUGCAAAGAAUGUGGUAAAACUUUUUACUACAGCUCUUCAUUUGCUCAGCACAUGAGGAUUCAUACUGGAAAGAAACUCUAUGAGUGCAGUGAAUGUGGAAAGGCCUUUACACACCGCUCCACAUUUAUCCAGCACAGCAUGACCCACACAGGAGAAAAACCAUUUUUAUGUAAAGAAUGUGGAAAAGCCUUUUGCCUCAAUUCAUCCUUCACUCAGCACAUGAGGAUUCAUACCGGAGAGAAACCCUAUGAAUGCAGUGAAUGUGGAAAGGCCUUUACUCAUCGCUCUACUUUCAUCAGACAUAAGAGGGCCCAUACUGGAGAGAAGCCCUUUGAGUGCAAAGAAUGUGGGAAGGCCUUUUGUGACAGCUCUUCCCUAAUUCAGCACAUGAGGAUUCACACUGGUGAGAAGCCUUAUGAGUGUAACGAAUGUGGAAAGGCCUUUACACAUCACUCUGUUUUUAUUCGACAUAACAGGACCCACAGUGGACAAAAACCCUUGGAGUGUAAAGAAUGUGCAAAAGCCUUUUACUAUCUCUCUUCCUUCACUCGACACAUGAGGAUUCACACUGGAGAGAAGCCUUAUGUUUGUAGAGAAUGUGGAAAGGCCUUUACCCAACCUGCAAAUUUUGUUCGGCAUAAUAGGAUCCACACUGGAGAAAAACCCUUUGAAUGCAAAGAAUGUGAGAAAGCCUUUUGCAACAACUUUGCUUUAACUCAGCACAUGCGAACUCACACUGGAGAGAAACCCUUUGAAUGCAGUGAAUGUGGAAAGACCUUCAGCCACAGUUCAUCGUUCACUCACCAUCGAAAGAUUCAUAGCAGAGUUUAAAAGAUACAGCAAGGUCUUUUACAAGUGUGUUCAUCUUUAGUGAACUCAUAGUAGUGACAUACCUUUCCUUUUGAAUAUAGCUUGAGGAAAAUCUUUUGGCCAGAGAAACAUCUUAAUAUCUGAAAAUUCAUACUAAUGAGAAACAUAAUUGUCCUUGUGAAAU